AAAUGGCAGAUCGGGCCAGGCGAGGGAGGGCGGGGAGAGGUCGUGGCGGUGGUUGCUGCGGCGGCGGAAGUGGCGGCGAGAAGGUUGGCAUUGGUGUCUCCGCCCAUUUUUUUUUGGCCUCGCCUUGCGCUGUCCGCACCAACGUCAAGAGAUUACUCUGAUACGUCCGCCCCCUUCUCCUUAUAUCUCUCAAUUGCCUUUGUGGAUGGCGCCAUCCAUCGACGCGAACCAGGCGGAGGAGAAGCUGACAAUGGAUACCUUCUUCAAUGUCGGUGGUGGCCACCGGGGUGAAUCCUCUCCCCGGUACAGGGUGACGGUGAUUGGAAGCGGCAAUUGGGGCAGCGUCGCCGCAAGGGUCAUAGCCUCCAACACCCUCAAGAUGCCUAAUUUCCAUCAUGAUGUGAGAAUAUGGGUCUAUGAAGAAAUACUACCCAAUGGUGAAAAGUUAUCAAAGACAAUCAAUGAAGCAAAUGAGAAUGUAAAAUACCUUCCAGGCAUAAAGCUCGGCAAGAAUGUUAUUGCAGACCCUGACCUAGACAAUGCAGUGAAAGAAGCAAAUAUGCUGGUCUUUGUGACCCCCCAUCAGUUUGUCUCUGGCAUAUGCAAAAGGCUAAUAGGGAAAAUAAAACCUGAUACAGAAGCCAUCUCUCUGAUCAAGGGAAUGGAGGUUAAGACAGAAGGGCCAUGCAUGAUCUCAAAGCUUAUUACUGAUAUGCUCGGCAUCAAUUGUUGUGUUCUCAUGGGUGCUAACAUUGCUAAUGAGAUUGCGGUUGAGAAAUUCAGUGAGGCAACAAUUGGCUAUAGACAAAAUAAGGAAGUUGCAGACCAAUGGGCUAAAUUAUUCUGCACUCCUUACUUCCUAGUAUCUGUAGUGCAGGAUGUGGAAGGAGUAGAACUCUGUGGGACUCUGAAGAAUGUGGUUGCCAUAGCAGCAGGUCUUGUAGAUGGCAUGGACAUGGGUAACAAUACUAAGGCAGCAAUAAUGAGAAUUGGUUUAAGGGAGAUGCGUGCACUUUCUAAGCUUCUAUUCUCAUCGGUUAAAGAUAGUACCUUCUUUGAAAGCUGUGGUGUCGCCGACUUGAUAACUACAUGCCUUGGUGGGAGAAACAGGAAAGUUGCAGAGGCCUUUGCUAGAAGUGGUGGCAAAAGGUCGUUUGAUCAGCUAGAAGCAGAAAUACUACAAGGCCAGAAGCUGCAGGGUGUCUCCACGGCAAAGGAAGUUUAUGAAAUUCUGAGUCACCGAGGAUGGCAAAGUAUGUUUCCACUUUUCACAACUGUACAUGAGAUUUGUAUUGGUCAGCUUCCUCCAUUGGCAAUAGUUGAAUACAGUGAACAGAUAGCAAAUAUAUCCUCUGUGGAAGGUGUUGCUCAAUGCUGUUGAACUCUAGGUGUUGUUAAAUGCAGUCAAAGCGUCUUAACCUGUAUUCCUCUCUGAUGAUGAUGAUGAAACCACAGCAAUUAUUCAUUGUAGAAAAAACAAGUUGAAAAUUAGUAACGCUGGUUUCUGUUGUCGUCCUUUUCAUUCCAAUACAAGUUAGCAUCUGCAACUUCUAUAAAAAGAUUCCGCAAAGCAGACACUAGAUUUAUCAGUUUCACCUGGUCCCUCAAAACACUAUAAUUUUUUUUUCCUUCA